AUGUCACUCAUGCGCCGGACCCAGAGGAUCGAAGGAUGCCAAGCCGUUCUGGGCUAUGACUUCAACGAUUCUGACCUCCUCUGGGAAGCUCUCCAGGCAGCUGGAUCACCAGUCUUUGCCGUCGGACGUCGAUUUCUUCCUGAUGGCAACAAGCGGCUCGCCAUUCUUGGAGAUGCUGUGCUAAAGCUUAUACUUAUCCGCGACGGCUACGUUCACGACGAAAGCAGAGGUACCGGUGCCACCAUUGCUGCCCUGGUAGAAAAGCUCAUGUGUGAUCCAGGGAUUAUGAACCGAAACGUUUCCACAGUCGGCUCGAACACAAACCUCGACAGCGUCGGUCGACGCAACGGGCUGAAUUCCUUUGUCGAGGGAAAUCCUUCGCAGCAGGGAGUCGUGCCUCCCAAUACGAUGGCUGCCACCGUUGAAGCCAUCCUCGGCGCUGUCUUUCUCGACAGCGGAUUGGAAAGCGUCGCCGAGGUCAUGGAGACUCUUGGCCUUGUGCCUGCUUGA